AUGAACUUCUUCCUCCAAACUAACCAAGAUAAGUUAGUGUUAGUAAAGUUUUUUACUACGUGGUGUCUUCCUUGUCAAGAAUUACAAAAAAAUUUAGAAGAUUUGUUAAGAGAAAGAAAAGAUUUGUUAGUUUUAGAAGUUGAUGCAGAAAAAUUUAGUAAGAUAGCGCAAAGUUCAGAAUUUGCAGUACGUUCGGUACCUACUCUUUUUCUUUUUUACAACGGGCCCGUUGGUGAAGCGAUUAACACACAUGCCUUUCACGCAUGCAUGACGGGAAUUUACGAAAAUUCCUCAACUUUUAAGUGUGGAGGUGUAGUUCAAUUGGUAGAACAUCGGCCUUCAGAUCCGAUUGUUGUGGGUUCGAGUCCUGCCACCUCUGCCAGUUUACGUCUUUUUGCCCAGAUGUGCGGAAUUGGUAGACGGGUUCUGUGGUAUAGUGGUAACACUCCUCCCUGUCACGGAGGUGUCGCGGGUUCGAUUCCCGUCAGGACCGCCAUUUUCGACAGAGAAAAGGAACUUAAACAUGGGGAUGUUAUUUAUCGCUUAACUGAUAAAAAAAGUUCUUCUGGAUAUUACCGUUGCAAAAAUGACGCUAUUUCUCGGUAUAUCUAUGAUAAACCUUCUUUUAUUGAUAAUGCUAGCAAAGAGAGAAGAAUAAAAUAUUCUAAGUUACCAGAUUUGGUAGAUUGUGUAAUUUCAAAAGAUAUCAGUGGUAUAGAUGGUAAACUUGAUAUAAAAAUACAAGAUAAAAGUGCUUCUGGAUCUCCUGUGGCACAAGCGUUUACACCCAAAGUGCUUAAAAUGUUUAUUGAGUUUGGUAAAAAUGAUACUAUUGAAGCUGAUGAAAUAAUAACUUUCCCUUCUCCUUCUCCUAAUAAAGAUAAAACGUUUUGA